AGGGUAUCAAAUGAGGACUAAAUCCCUAAAAUAAUUUAAAGGUUUACGUGAAGGAACUGAAAUAGACGCCACAGUGCAAACAAAAUCUUUGAAAGACCUUCUGGAGCCUGAAAAACUUUAAACCUUUCAAGAAAGUCUUGCAUCCUAAUCACUGAAUAAAAGGAAAUUAUUUUUUGGCUCAUAAUACAUAAGUUAUACUGUGUAAGUUAAAGACAUUCUGGCAACUAAAACAACAAUGUCAAUUUUGUCAUCAAAACUGUAAUUUAUUUUUCUAUUCAAAGUUGCAUUGGAAUAAAUAUUCUGUUUUUAUAUUUACUCCUUUCAUCUGCUGGUUUUAGAGAUGCUCUAUAUAUUCAGCAUUUAUCCUCUGUGGCAAAUGUGUGCGUGCGUGUGUGUGUGUGUGUGUGUGUGUGUGUGUGUGCGUGUGUGCGUGUGUGUGAAUGUGUGAAAGACAAACUGCCGGCGAGCAUUUCUUUCCCUGUCUGUGUGUGUUUGCGUUUGCACGUGCUGCUCCGCUCCUCUCUCCGUCAGGGUAAUUCGGCAUCCGUGUGUAAUUUCUUUACCAUUUUGGCUUUGAUCUGAAUCCGAGCCCUGAAGCUUAUCAUGACUUUGUGUUGCCUCCGUGUAGUCGGGGAUGGAUGCUGGGGGUAGAGUCGGAAAAGGGGUGGAGAAAAGAGACACACACAGAGAGAGAGUUUUAUUUUUAGCUUCCUAGCCCCACAUCCAAGUGUGUUUAAUCAAGUGUGUGUUGGUGUGUGUGUGUGUGUGUGUUUGGAUUAGUGUCUUUAGCCUCUUGGUCAGAAGAAGGUAAUAUGCUUGUCCGAAAGAACUUUGUCAGGCACAUUUGUACAAAGAUGGUGUAAAAGUGUGGAGUUAGCAGGAGUUUGGGAGGCGGAUGAGGGGGGUGUGCGGGGAAAAAAGAGCAAGACUGACGGACACACAACGAGAGACAGCGAGGGUAGAGGGGAGGGAGGAAGACACUGUAGGAGAGGAGAGGAUGGAAUGAAUAAGCAAUCCUGCUUUUCCACUUCAGGCACUCGCAUCUUCCACAGAUCACAUGCAUGCUUCCUCUCCCUGAUAAUCUUUGUUCUCCUAACCUGUCCUUUAUUUUGUCUCAGCCUCCGUCUCCUCGUACCGUCCAGCAGGUCCUCCUUUGUCCUUCUCCUCGUAUUUCCUCUGUCUUUCCCCAAAUGUCCCUUUAUGUCAGUCAGUAACCCACUGAACCUUUUUCCCCUUUCUGAUCCUUCUACUCCAAUGCAUGCCUUGACACCCAUCCAGACAUGCAUGCAGACAAGUGCACUCACAAACAGACACAGUAGCACAGUUAGAGGUAAAACAUAAAGGACAGGGAGAUUUGGUUGCCUUUUUUUUGUUGUUGUUGUUGUUUUCUUUCUGCAAUGGGAAACUCUGUAAAGUCACUUAAAAAUUUCACCAAGAAGGACAAGAAGAAGAACUACAAAGCAGUGCAGUCCAGUGAGGAGGGGGGAUCUGGGGGGGGCCAUCUUGAGCCACUAGUAGCCCUGGCCCAGAACGGAAUCAACAUGCACAACGUGCUGGGGCCUGCAUGCAUCUUUCUACGCAAGGGCUUCGCUGAGAGCCGGCUGGCUGACCGAGAGCUGAGGCCAGAAGAGCUGGAUGAGUUGCGUGAAGCAUUCAAGGAGUUUGACAAAGAUAAAGACGGAUUCAUUGGCUGCAAAGACCUGGGGAACUGCAUGCGGACGAUGGGAUACAUGCCAACAGAGAUGGAGCUGAUAGAACUGAGCCAGCAGAUCAACAUGAACCUGGGAGGACAUGUUGACUUUGAGGACUUUGUUGAACUUAUGGGGCCCAAACUUCUGGCUGAAACAGCCGACAUGAUCGGAGUAAAGGAGCUGAGAGACGCCUUCAAGGAGUUUGACACCAAUGGUGACGGCCAGAUCAGCACAGCCGAACUCCGAGAAGCAAUGAAAAAACUGUUGGGACAGCAGGUUGGACACAGAGAUCUGGAGGAAAUUCUACGUGACAUUGACCUAAACGGAGAUGGACAUGUGGACUUUGAAGAAUUUGUUCGAAUGAUGUCCCGAUGAGUUCGGCUGCGACGUGGCAUCGGACGUGGAUCCUCAGCUGGAGGAGUGCGGAGAAAGUCUGGCGAAGAAAACCGAAUUUCUCUGAACUGUGAAAACGGCAAAAACAUAUCAACCUUGCCCCAAAACUGCCUCGCCUGAGCAGCUGACGAGUCCAGCCGGGAGCCUCACUGUUAAUAACACACUGCUGCUGUUCCUCCGAGCAUAAACAAAACCGACGGCUGCACUCGUGACUUUUCCAGAGUACAUUUUUAAAACACGAUUUCCUUUAAUAACUGCAACAUUUCUACGUGUUUGCCGACCCGAUGGGUAAUGGCGGAUGUGAUGUUUGAGAUAUUUUCUGCAAACACCAACAGCCUCUUAUUCCUGACUGUAGCAAUUAAGAGUAAUUAAUACAGCAGUGCGAAGCAAAGCGACACAAAGCGCAGCGAAAUCUGUUUUCAAUGCAGAGGUUAUAUGAAGCACAAACGCAAAAAGCAAUAUAGAAACAUUCCAUGUCAUCUCGUCAUGUCUGCGUGCGCGUUUUGUGUAUUGUUGAUGUUUAACGUCGAUACGGACUACAGAAAAAUCAGCUUAAGACAAACCGAUAUUUGUUUGUUAAGUAUGUGUAACGUAGCGCUGACUUUUCUGUGACAUACAUGUGCAAUUUCUAGUGUGCAGACGACAUUCAUUUAGCUGCAAUCCUGUAAGAAAAACAUCAUUAGUACCAGAAUAAGCUUUUGAUUAUUUCUAUGUUUGGUUAUUACUUGCAUGAAUAGCAAUGAAGUGUGUGAUCAGAACGUCAUAACUAAUCUGUCACUGAGGAAGUCAGCAGAUUAGUUAAUAAGAGAUGUUUUUUUUAGGUGUCAUGAAAAUGUUUUAUUUUGGGGAUUUUGUAAGUUUUCUUAUUUCGAAAGCCAAAAUGUUCCCUUUUGGUGCAACGUUUGUCAGCAUUAUAUACCUCAAAGUGAGCUGAAACAUAAAUGUCGUCUAUUCUCCUCCCUAAACACAUUCCAGUCUCUGAAACCUGUGUUACUACUUUAUUAUCAGUAAAUGUAAGGAAGCAAGGUGAGCUUCUUAUGCAAAAAGCCAAAGAACGUUUACAAAACCUGAUUUAGUUUAAUAAAUAAAGCUGGUACAGCUUUGCCUGUUCAAGAAUGAACAUGAGAGAAUAUGCAUGUUUGUUAUCUUGAGAUAUAUUUGAAUAGGGAAAUCCAACUUUGUGGUUUUUAUGUGUCUUAACUGUGUGAAACUAUGCAUGGCAAAACAACUGCAAUUUGUAGCAGAAUAUUUAAAAAUAAAGAUAUUUCAAUUGGAAAA